GAUCAGAAAUUGGUUUCAUUAUCGACAGAGCAUGAACGGACGAUGAGCCUUCUUGCAGAGUUUGAAGCCAAUAUGAAGUCCAAGUGGAAUGAGAUGUUUCAGAAAGUGAAUUCAAUGGAGGGUAAUCUUGAAGCAGCGGCGGCAGCUCAGGCUGCCAUGCGGGAAGAUUACGAUGGCCUCAUUGAUAAGUCUGCCGAAGAGCAGAAGCAGUACCUGGUAGUCAUGCUGGAGCGGCAUGCAGAGACCAUGGGUGCAAUGACAAAACAACAACACAUCAUGAAUGAGCAAAUUGAGCAGCUUAAGCUAAGCUUGGAUAAGGCGCAAGCUGAGGCUGACUUGAUGAGGGCUAAGUUUGAGAGUAGCCUGUCGGAGACCCGUUGGAUGGUCACGAAGGUGACUGAACUUGAGGGUCUUGUGAGCCGAUUACGAGAACGGGAUCUUGAGAUUAGACGGGAGAUUGGCAUAGGUGCUGAGGGAUUCGGGUUUAGACAAAGAGUUGAGAACGCAAAUGUUCCACAAGAGUCCGGGCCCCUGUACUAUGCGAUGACUCCGGAAGUUCCUGUAGCUGAUAGCAACGCAGAGGAACAGUAUGCGAAUGCAUGGUGGGGUGAUGGGCUUGAUUGGCCUGAUCAGGACAGGGAGCUUGGGGAUCCUCCAGGUUUGGACUUCGGUCCGAGAGUACCUCCACCAACUUUGCCAGCUGACAUGAAGAGGACAUCAGAGGGUGCCGAGAUGAGGGAAGUGAAGAUUCCCCAGACUGCUUAUAAGCUGUUAAAGGAUGCUCCCAAGUUGGAUUUGUCGGCUGGUGGGGAACCAUGGGAGAUUGGAAUGAUGGUCCACCAGUGGAGGGUCGAGACGAGAACGGUCAUGACCGCAAUCCACCAGAGACUAGCUGAGUAUUUUGAUAAGAUCUAUGAGCAGGGGCGGGAGCGUUACGAGAGGAAGAGACUGUCUGGAGUUGAAGAGCCCUUGCCUGACGUGUUGGCGACGGAUUCGGAAAUGGAGACAAGACUGUCUCUGACACUUCUCAAGUGCCUCCCGCAGACAGUCCGCCAGCCAGUGGUGGAGAGCUCGACUUCAAAUAGUGUUCGUUGUGUGCUCAUGUUCGAAAGCCUUCAUGAGAGAUACGCUCCAGGGGGGCGCGAGGAACUUGAAUCGAUCCAACGAUACCUGAGACAGCUGCCCUCGGCAUCAGACUUCAAGGCUGCAAUGACAACGAUUCGACGAUGGAAGUUGGCGCGGAGCCGAGCCCAGAGUCUGGGCUUUCCGGAACAAGCGCCUAAUGAGAGUAUUGCAGCUCUGGAUAGCUUGAUGCGGCUGUUGGAGAAGAAGAACCCCCAAUUGGCCAUGAGGAUCAACCUCUUGAGAAUGCUACCGGACAUUGUCAUUCCUACAACAGCAGGGUUGGAGAGAUAUCUCAAUUUGCUUGAGGUGGAGUGCAGACGUCUUGCAUCAGAUCAAGAGGUUAGGGAUGCUAGGGCGGCUCAAAGUAGCGAGGUUGUGGUGGCUGCAGAGGUGGCUGAAAAGGGCAAAGGACGUGCAUGCUUCUUUCACUUGAGGCCUGGAGGCUGUUGGAGGGGUGCGAGUUGUCCUUAUGCUCACAACGAUGCCCCGAAGGGAGGAAAGGGCAAGGAUAAGGGAAAGGGAAAAGGCAAAGGCAAGGGAUCAAAGGGUAGCGGUAAGUCGGCUGAGGAAGCGAAGCCGAAGCCAGAAGCGAAGCCGAAGCCAAAGCCGGAAGCGAAGCCGAAGCCGGAAGCGAAACCGAAGCCGAAGCCGGAAGCAAAGCCAAAAGCGGAGGUGAAAUCGGCGGUUGCGGGUCUGCUUGGAGUUGAUGUGGGACCUAGGGCUUCCACGGUUCGGGCUGUGGCGAUGGCUGCUAGGGGGUUGGAUUCGACUCAGGGACCAGGGCAUGAAAGUGAUCAUGAGCAGUCCAGCCUUUCGGAUGCGGGGUCGGCCCACUCUAGCGGUACUACCGAUCUUGAAGGGAGCGAACAUUCCGAGAACAGGCCCCCUUUGUGGUACUUGGUUCUGCAUCCUGUUGAGUACUCGAUCUGGACACGGAACGACACUCAACUGAUGACCCAUGCCAUUGCCCCUUUCGAACAAGUCAACGGCCCAAACUUGAUCGCAAAUGGAGUUUGGGAAAUCCUGGAGGAGCUUGAUUUUCAGCUGCCUCUGGAGAACAUUAGGAUCGGACAAGAUCAGUACAUCAUUGAAGCGCGACAGACUUUCUGCCUUUAUCAAGAUCGGGUGAUUAGGCCCAUAGUCCUGGUGCAUUUGAUUGACGUGGAGAGUGGAAGAGAGCAAAUGCUGGCUCUCACAGAGUGUGACGCUAGGCCUCAUGUUGAGAAUUGGACAUUGGAAGAGGCGAAGGGUGCCCCAUUGGCUAAAGCCCCCACGGUGCCCCCACCUCCGGGAUACCCAGCGUCAGUGAUUAGACCUCGUCCUGAGGGGUUCGCGGUUCAGAGAUGCAAGCGUACGCAUGUUGCACUCGCAUCGGGUGAUCUUGUGGAUGCCUGGAGAACCCGGGACGGAGAGCUGAUGAUUGGAGAAGAGGAGUUGGAUCAGGACGCCGAUUGGAUACUGAGUGUGCGAAGAUUGCGAGGAAUCCGAGGGGCUUUCAUUUGGGAUGAGUUGGGGCCCCGGGUGCUUUACCAUGACGGUGAGACGGUCAUAACGGUGCAUUGCUUUGAGCAGAACGGGCUCCCUUACAUUUCAUGGGAAGACUUCAAACCUAUUCGGGUGUUGUUGGCAAGGGACUGGAAGAGUAAAGGAAAUGCCUGCGUGAUGAAGAUAGAGGAUCGAGCUCUGAAAAUCCUUGAUUACAUGCCAACAGUUGAAGCCAUUGGAAAGGUUCAGGAGGAGUGCACGGCAGCUCCGGUGGAAACAAUUGCAGACGCCGGGGAACAGAAGGCUAAGGAGCUAUGCUCAAAGGCCAAGGUCACUUUUGAUGAGGUGUGGAACGCUGUUCAGUUGGCUAGCCUGGUCGAGAGGCGAACUGAUAGGCUGAGGCAGGUCGACAGCGAGAACGCAAAGGUCUUACCAUUGUGGACGUUCGGAUUGUUCGUCCAUGGAGGAGUGUUGGGAGUGACCACGGAAACGCGUAAGCAUCCAUGGCUUUCUAGGCUCCUUUGCAAAAUGGUUCGGCAGCAGCAUCCUGAUCUGGAGUUUCUGUCAAUCAGCAUCGCCAUCAAUUUGGUAUUUAGGCCUCAUCGAGAUCGCAACUCCUUGGAGCGUGAAUCAGUGGUGAUAGGCUUGAGCCGGUUUCAGGGUGGACAGCUCUGGAUUGAGGGACUUCCAGGGGAACAAGGCAACAAUGCUGUGCGAGCCGUGGACAAUGAAGGACAAUCGAAGGCUGGAAAGCUGCAUGAGCUGUCCCAUCGAAGUGUGAGAUUCAAUGCAGCAGUGCGCAUGCACGGCACGGAGCCGUACCAGGGAGUGCGGGGAGUGGCUGUUGGCUAUACGCCCCGAGGCCAUCUCAACAUCUCAUCCGAGGUGUUGAGUGAGUUGCGUGAGCUGGGAUUCUUUGAUGAGAGAAUGCAGAAGCUUGGAAGCAUCAGCAGAGCAAACUACAGC